CCGUACACACACCGUGAAAGAAUUUCGGUCUGCAUCAAUUGAUUAGAUGUGUGUUGUGCUUCUUGACGCGCUCGGCGAAACGAUCCAAAUUGAUUGCGGUUUUGCAAACGAAUUUCGUGAUUAAAAUCCUCACCCGACACGAUUCUCGGCAGUGUUUAACGAAUCGGGCGUGCAGAAGGCUUGUUUGUUUGAUUCAAACGCAAAGUUGCUCGUGAAACUUGUUGUGAUAAGACAGUGAAAACAGCAGCAGCAGCAGCGCACAGGCAGGCAAUAAUGGUUUGGGGGUUUGUUACUUGCGGCCCGAACGAGGCCUUGGUGGUAUCAGGAUGCUGCCACAUGAAGCCACUGCUGGUUCCCGGUGGACGGGCAUUCGUUUGGCCAUCGAUUCAACAAGUGCAAAGAAUCUCACUCAACACCAUGACACUGCAGGUGGAAAGCCCGACCGUGUACACCAGCCAGGGUGUACCGAUUUCCGUCACCGGGAUCGCGCAAGUAAAAAUCCAGGGCCAGAACGAAGAUAUGCUGCUGACGGCGUGCGAACAGUUUCUCGGCAAAUCGGAAACCGAAAUUCAGCACAUUGCGCUGGUAACGCUCGAAGGCCAUCAGCGCGCAAUUAUGGGCUCGAUGACGGUCGAGGAGAUCUACAAGGAUCGUAAAAAGUUCUCGAAACAGGUGUUCGAGGUCGCGUCAUCCGAUCUGGUAAACAUGGGUAUUACUGUCGUGUCCUACACGCUCAAGGACAUUCGCGACGAAGAGACUGACGGGUCUGGUAGGGGCUAUCUGAAAAGUCUCGGUAUGGCCCGUACGGCGGAAGUGAAGCGUGAUGCGCGAAUCGGCGAGGCGGAAGCUCGCUGCGACGCGACCAUCAAGGAAGCGAUCGCGGAGGAACAGCGGAUGGCGGCCCGGUUCCUGAACGAUACCGAGAUCGCGAAGGCCCAGCGCGAUUUCGAGCUGAAGAAGGCCGUGUACGACGUGGAGGUGCAGACGAAGAAGGCCGAAGCGGAGAUGGCGUACGAGCUGCAGGCGGCCAAGACCAAGCAGCGCAUCAAGGAGGAACAGAUGCAGAUUAAGGUGGUCGAACGUACGCAGGAGAUCGCGGUGCAGGAGCAGGAAAUGCAGCGUCGCGAGCGCGAACUCGAAGCGACCAUCCGCCGGCCGGCCGAGGCGGAGAAGUACAAGCUGGAAAAGUUGGCCGAAGCUAACAAGCAGCGUGUCAUACUGGAGGCCGAAGCAGAGGCAGAAGCGAUAAAGGUACGUGGUGAGGCGGAAGCGUUUGCCAUUGCGGCUAAAUCGAAGGCCGAAGCGGAACAGAUGGCCAAGAAGGCCGAAGCCUGGAGAGAGUACCGUGAGGCGGCGAUGGUGGACAUGCUGCUCGAUACAUUGCCCAAGGUUGCGGCUGAAGUUGCGGCACCAUUGUCGCAGGCGAAGAAGAUCACGAUGGUGUCUAGCGGCAACGGUGAGGUCGGUGCUGUGAAGCUGACCGGUGAAGUGUUACAGAUCGUGAACAAGAUUCCGGAUCUGGUCAAAUCGAUCACCGGCGUUGAUAUUUCGCGGUCCGUACACGCUGGUUAAGUGAGAUCGAACGAGCAAGAUUACGAUUAUACAAAGGACAGUGCUUCCGCUGUUCCCCUUUCACACUGUUUUGCAUAACGUGGAGAAGAAGGACUCAGACUCACACACAUACACACACAAAAUACAUCGUCCCGCGCGGUGAGCGGAACCUCUGCGACGAACCCAAGAACCAUGUAGCAGACCAAAGCCAUAGCAAAAGGGCCAGAACGGUGCGAGGCCCCCGCGGAUGUUAAUGUUUGUAUUCUGUGUGUUUAAUCGUUUUCUGAUAUUUAACAUGAAACUCGAUGUUCUUCUGCCGGUCCGGACGUGCGGUGUGUUACAUUUAGUUUUUCCCCAUUUAGUUUUUCCCUCAACACGCUUCAAAAGUGCGUACGGUUUCCGUUGACCGUGCAUCCGUGCAAAGAGAUGUUGCAUAUGCUGUACAAGUUUAAGUUGGUUAUGUUACUAUGUUCUUUCAAAGGUAAAGGGUACUCGUAAAGGGUUAUUAUUGUUGCAUUUUGUUUUGUUUUUUUAAGGGACUCAUUCGGAAAUGCUCCACACUAUCCUCCAACAAAUGCCAACCCAGUGGUUAGGUUUUAUAAUGGUCAGAUUUCGCGGGCAACCCCAUCUGCAGGAGGUUAGUUAGACGUACAGGACACUCACACACCGGGUGUGGGUAACAUUGUUUUUCAUCACUUCUCAGUAUCACUUUAUCUAGUCACUGCCACAACAACUGUUUUGCACAACACUUACCACAAAUCGACCGUGUGGUGUUGCACAUGCCAUAUACUCCAAUAAUUUCAUGUAGAUCAAUCAUUUGUUGGAUGGAAGAUCGAUCGAUGGGUUAGGUGACUUGCUCCAUUUAUUCUGUUGAUGAUCGCAAUCACAAAGGCCAGCUACCAGCUAGCGAAGUUUAAAUUGUCCUAAAGUAGCCAGAAAAAAAACCUUUAAAAACGAAACAAAAAAACCAAUGCUCUGAACCAUUGUCCAUCCAUUGACUUGGCCUAGAUGUGUGAAAUCUGGUAAAAUCUAUAUUCUAGCUAAAGAGAUAGGCUUAUUGCGAGCAAUGCAUUUUGUACGUAUGAACAGCAGUCAAAUAGUACGCAAAAUCGUAACAAAAACACACUCUUCUCGCUAUCGAAAAACGUUUUUUAUUUUUAUUUGAAACAAUAUACAAACAUAUAUAUACACGUAUUAUAGUAAAGAGAUCGCUAAACAACGCGUAUAGUUUGUCUCCGAUGUUCAGCAACGUACCUUAAGCAUUUUCUUCCCCGAAAGAAAACGUAAACUUCAUUCACCUUGGCGCGAUUAUUAAACAACAAUUACCAGAUGAAAUUGUGUGAGCACAGGUGUCUUCGGCAGGCCAAACGGCGGGUGCGAUGUGCAUUAAGCGUAGCAAUUGUAGCGAAAAUUGAAAACUUACCGCGAAAUGUGAAGCAAAAAAACUAAACAGGUGGGAAUACAAUUUUUCGGUCCGCAUGGCGCGAUGGCGCGCGGUGGUGACUCCAAGAUGCGAAAACACAUAAUAAUAUAAAGAUAUACAUAUAUUUUGUAACGUAAUUUGCUUUUUGCGUGUCACGAACGUUCGAAUGUGUAUAACAACAAAUUGCAAGCAAACCCGAACACGGUGGAGAAAUAAAAUCGUAAUACUGUGAAAAUAAAA